AUGAAGUUCCCUGAGUUACCCGCUGUCCUGGUAUCUCUCCUCCUCACAGUUCUCCUUACUCCGGAGCCUGCUGUUGGUCUUCCUGCCACGCAGACCGGUUAUAUAUCCGUCCCCCUUACCAGCGUCCACGACAAAAGAGACCCGGACGUCCAUCCUGACAUCCUCCACCAGCGACACGUCAACCGGGGGUUGACACGAUAUGCCAGGCUUUCUGGGCGCGCCGAGCCGUCGCCCUUGGAGCUCCUAACGAAAAUGAAGAAUCGCCUUGAUUCACUACACCCUGACAUUCGCAAACGCUACAACCACGAGGGGAUUGAGGAGUCCAUUAGCCACCUGAUGUCGAUCAACAGCAUCUUCCCCGGCGCACCGGUACCCAAUCAAGCACACGUUUCGGACGAAGGUGCUGGUGGCUACAGCCCCAGCCUGCUUGCUGUCGCCGUGAUGCACACCGUCACUGAAGCGAAGCAGCCGGAAUUCCCUUCGACGAUGGGAUUAGACAUACAAGGCAACGAACUUGGUUAUAUGGGGCACUUUCUCCUGGGAACACCGCCUAAAACGUUUAGGCUAUUGAUGGACACUGGUUCGGCAGAUCUCUGGGUUGGCGGGGAAGACUGUACAGCGCAAGGUGGCGGGGGAUGUGGCAAGCAUCAAUUCCUGGGUCCGAAGUCGAGUUCCACCUAUAAUCAAACAGACACGAUAUGGGCCAUACGGUAUGGUUCGGGCGCCGUGCUGGGUCAUCUGGUGUAUGACCGUUUCGAAGUGGCCGGGUUGGUUCUGGAGAAGUUCUUCUUCGGUGUUGCGCGGAACGAGACGAUCCAGUUUACACCAGAUCGUAUACCCUUCGAUGGUAUUGCCGGCACAGCGAGAUCCAUGAUAUCUCGCCAGCGCACGAAGACAUUCGUAGAGGCCCUUUAUGAGGCUGGGUUGAUCAAGGAUGGAAUCGCGUCUUACAAGAUCCCUAGGGUCACGACUAUGGGCGUUCAAAGCGACGGUGAACUCACGUUGGGCGCAAUGAACCCAGCAAACUAUGACCCAGCAACAUUAGUGACAUUAUCCAACAUCAGUCCCAUAGGCUUUUGGGAGGUCUUCCUACAGGACGUGAAGGUUGGGGGCAAGUCCAUUGGUUUCACAUCCAGGAACGUCAUUCUGGAUACCGGAACGACGCUUUUCCUAGCCCCGAAAGAUGACGUAGCUCUGCUCCACAGAGAUAUCCCGGGAGCCAUAUACAACGGCCAUGCAUGGACCGUCCCGUGUACGACAACAGCCGUCAUAACCCUCAACUUCGGCGGGAAGGAGUUCCCUAUUGACCCCCGCGACCUCGCCUUUAUCCCACUCGACACACGCGAUCUCAAGGGCAACUGCGCAUCAGCAAUCACCGAAGUAGUCCUCCAUUCCGGACAGGACCACUGGCUCCUUGGCGACGUAUUCUUGAAGAACGUAUACUUCUCGACCAACAUCCGUACCAACCAAGUUUCCAUAGCACGCUUACCUGGAAGACCAUGA